AUGAUUUCCUCUUUAUUUCAAUAUCUCCACGUGUCAAUUAAAUCUAUCUAUCUCAGUCUAUUUAUAUCAAUCUAUCUAUAUCAAAAACAAGGGAUAAACAUCUAUCUAUCUAUCUAUCUAUCUAUCUCAGUCUGUUCAUAUCUAUCUAUCUAUCUAUCUAUCUAUCUAUCUAUCUAUCUAUCUCUCUCUCUCUCUCUAUCUAUCUAUCUAUCUAUCUCACAGAGAGAGAGAGAGAGAGGGAGAGAGAGAAAGACUUCUUCCCUUCAGCAGUGUUUACUGAUUUUUCUUUAUGAUCUGUUUCUAUCUAUCUAUCUAUCUAUCUAUCUAUCUAUCUAUCCCACUCUGGUAAGAUCUAUCUAUCUAUCUAUCUCUAUCUAUCUAUCUAUCUAUCUAUCUAUACCACUCUUUGCAGGUGUAUUUAUGUAUCUAUCUCAGUCGGUUAAGAUCUAUCUAUCUAUCUAUCUAUCUAUCUAUCUAUCUAUCUAUCUAUCCCAUCCUGUUCAUAUCUAUUUGUCUAUCUAUCUUCUGAGACUGGGGGAGAGUUUUUCUUCUUUAACUUUCACAAUUACAGAACAAAUAGUUAUGCAAGCGAAACACAAAGAAGAAAUAAUGGAAUCGUUUGAAGCGAUAAAAAAAGGAAAAAGAUCACAUCGAAUCGGAAAAGAAGCAGCGAAGAAUAAAGGCGAUGUCGUCGGUGCAGAUCAACAAUAUCUUAAAGACAAAAAGGAAAACAAGAAAUGUUUUUGA